AUGCCACCUCUCAAACCACCCCUCCUCAUCCUAAGCCGCCCCCUCCUCUUCCUCCUCCCCCCUCUCAUCGCCAGCACAGCCUGGUUCACCACCCUCCUCAUCCUCCUCCUCUACUGGCUGGUUCACGAGCACUCGGCCUACUACGCCGUCUCCAUGGCCUCAGCUCAGCGCAUCGCCUUCAUCAGCGAUGUCGCAGCGAACGCGACCCCAAAUCGCAGAAUGUACCCUGUCUUCAUCACCGGCUGCUUGGUGACCGCCCUGGCCAUGAGCGCGACGCUGGCGCUGGAUUGGUGGUGGCUUCAUCGGCGGGGGUUGGUCAGGAGACGGGCAUUGGAGAGGAGGCUGGAGAAUAGGAUUGAGAAGGAGGAGGGGGAGAGGAGGGAGAAGGGGGGAGGGAAGGGGGUGAAUGUCGCGGCGGGGUUGGUGCUGGGGUUUGCAUACCAUCCGGAGCAGCGACCUUUCCGAUUCUCCUACUACACCAAAGUUUUCUUCGUCGUCGUUGAGGUCUCCCUUGCGAUCGCUUUCUUUGCCUGCGUUCGAACCAGGCACUAUCAGCCGGCUGCUGUGCUCGAGUGGGUAAUUGCCUUGAUCUUUGCUGCCUGGGCCUUCUCGUUCUGUCUUGAUCUGUACCCGGCUGCUCGUCAAUGGGAGAAGCAACGGCGACAGCAGCAAGAGGAAGAAGAGGGAAGCAACCACGAGGCUGGUGAUGGUGCUGUCAACGCCGAGAUGGAAAAUAGCAACGAGCUCACGACGCAUCCUGCACGGCUCACCAAGCAGCCCACGUCGCGAGGGUACCUGGCUCUGAAGAUCUACGAUCGCCUCGAGUUUUACUUCGGCGGCGGAACAAGCCUGCCCUGUCGCGGAAAGCGGCUAGCCUGA